AGGUUUUGAUUCCAAUGUUUCCAACAUAGCCCUUCCCUGUCCUAAACAGCCUUUUGAUUUUAAUAACAAUCCCAUAGUUUCCAGUUUAUACCCACCCAAUAUAUGGCUGAUAUUUGGUUUAAUGCUGCAGAUGAUGCCCAGCCCUCUCCCCCGCCACGAUCUCGAUAUCGCCGAAAAAUGGACUUUCUUAACCUCAAAGGCGCCACCGCCGCCACUGCCGCCGAUAAUACGGCCAGUGCUUCAUCGACGGGACGGAAACGCCGCAGUAUGCAUUCGAUCUCACGGCGGUGCGAAAAUGAAGAUCAUGAGAACAGAGGGCAGAGGAAUGAAGAUAACGUUGAUGAAGUUAAAUAUGGGGUUAUCUCAGUUUGUGGCAGAAGAAGAGAAAUGGAGGACACGGUUUCUGUUCAUCUUUACUUUGCUACUCAAAAGAAUCAACCCCAAAUUCCUCUUCACUUUUUUGGGGUCUUCGACGGCCAUGGCUGCUCUCAUGUGUCGAUGAGAUGUAAGAAUCGAAUGCAUGAAAUAGUGAAAGAAGAGAUUGAUGAAAGGGAAUUAAAUGAAACAGAGGAAUGGACGAAAAUAAUGCAAAGAAGCUUUGGGCGUAUGGAUGAGGAAGUAAUGAAGGAGUACUCCAACAAAAUUAAACAGAGAGAUGCCUCCGCCGCCGCCGCCGGCUCAUUCUCCUCCUCCCACAGUCUUAGUUGCAGAUGCGAACUCCAAAAUCCUCAUCAAUACGACACCGUUGGAUCUACUGCUCUCGUUGCCUUACUGAUGCCCCACAAGUUCAUCAUCGCCAACUGCGGCGAUUCUCGCGCGGUCCUUUGCCGAAAAACUACCGGAAUCCUCCCUCUUUCCUCCGACCAUAAGCCGGAUCGGCCAGAUGAAUUGUCGCGAAUAGAAUCUCGAGGUGGAUGUGUGAUAAAUUGGGAAGGAGCGAGAGUGCUGGGAGUUUUAGCGACAUCAAGAGCUAUAGGCGACAGUUCUUUAAAGCCUUAUGUGAUAUCAGAGCCAGAGGUCGUGGUAAUGGAUCGAACAACGGAAGAUGAGUUCAUCAUAUUGGCUACCGAUGGCCUGUGGGAUGUUGUUACAAAUGAAACUGCAUGUGACGUCGUUCGGACAAGCAUGCAGACGCAACGGUUGUCGUCGUUGUCAGAAUCAUCGGAAUCGGUGAUUGGUGAAUCUAACAAAACAUGUUUGGAUGCUUCCAUUUUACUGACAAAGUUGGCAAUGGCCAAGCAUAGUGAAGAUAACAUUAGCAUUGUGGUUAUAGAUCUGAGAACAACAUCACCACCACAACUAAAACACUGAGAGUAGGAAGAGAUCGGAUUGGAUCGCAAUUUCAUUUUUGUUUCUGAUUUUUUGUUUUUUUGUUUUUUUGUUUUUGUUAGUUUUUGUUUUUACUUUUGUUUUAAUUUUACUUGGGGGUUGAAUUUUAUAAAAGUUUUGGAAAAUAAAAUACGAUCAAACCUAUAUGUUUGAGCUUAGGAAGUAAGGUUGAUCCCUUAUGUUCAACUCUAUCUUGACGCAUUUCUAUCAUGCGAUUGAUACAAUUUUAGAAAAAGAAAAAUAUUUAAAUACUUUUUAGGCGGCAUGUAAUUUUAUACACUUUAAAUUAUUCAAUUAAUAUUCAUAA